GCAUUAGGAGUCUCAACCGAACAAACUAGAGGAGUGUAUAUAUUGACGAAAAUCUUCCACAAACAAUUCUUACAAGCUGCCAUGGAUGAUCAAAUAGUCACACGAAUUCUGGUCUGUUUGGCUCCGAAAUCAGUUUUCAGAUUUAGAGUCGUAUCGAAAUCAUGGAAUGAUUUGAUCUCCGAUCCCUUUUUCAUCGAGAGAUAUGACAGUGAGCGGCGCGGCGGCCGUUUCGGGUUGCUAGCUUUUUUCCGGACGCCUACAAAGACAACGAAAAGAACAGAGAAAACGAAGAAGACAUGUAUGCUGAAGAUAAUCCCUCUUGAUAUUUCCGGCUAUAAAAAAAUUGAAUACCAGUCUGGAGAACUAGAACGCGGCACAUUUAUAAAUUCCUCUAAUGGUUUGAUCCUCUGGGGUGGUCCUGGGCCAGACGAGUACCAUGUUUUGAACCCCUUCACACAAAGAUCGGUCUUCCUACCGCCGCCGCCGCCACCACCACCGUCAGCAAUUAGACACCCAACAGUCGGGCUGAUGUGCGAAGAGAACAAAAGGGAACUGGCAGCCAAGUACGUCGUCAUCCGAGCUUAUUAUUGUGGUGGGUUUGGCCGCCUAGCCGAAAAGGAUGAUGUGCGGAUCGUGACUUACUCUUCAGAGACGGGCGUUUGGACCGCCUCACACCCGACGGUGAUCGCCGCCCCCGGAGUCUACGUCCCCUGUGUUUUUCAAGGUACUGCCCUGUCUGUUUUAGCAAUGAAAGGUGUUUUCCACUGGUACAACUACUCUGGCGAAUUAACGCUAGCACUUUACCGUCCCGACCAUGGACAAGUCAUAGAGAUCCGCAGGUACGGCGGAAUUGAAAAUAACGGUUUCGUACACACAACCAUGACAAGGUCAUCCAUUGACGACGGGGACGUCUUAUGGUUCGGGUGCAUAGGCAGCGAAAGCAUGAGAGUUUUCAUGCUCCCAAAUGGCAGUGAAGAAUGGAAUUUGAUGUAUGUUAUAAGUGGUGGUUCACUCGGGAUCAAAACCAGUUUGAGUACUAAGGGGAUUAUCUUGGAAGCUUUCCUUCCGAUUCCUAACAAGGCUCCUGUUGCUGUAAUUCGCUUUCAAAAGAGGAUCUUUCUCUACAACAUGGACACUGAAAGCUUGCUAUCCGUUCCUGGACGGCCUCUUGACUGCCUGCAGUUGAUGUUGAAUGCCUGCAGUUGCUAUCCUUACUCAGAACCUUCCUGUCUAUCAACUUUUGCUCUUUAAUAGGUACAUCUUGGUGUAAUCUUUGUGAACACAAAUUCAUUUCAUUCUCAAUUUUUUAGUUUCCAUUUGUAAUCGAUUGUAGGUGGUUUAUCGAAUAAUAAAUAGAGCUUUUAGCCUGGUUUUUAA